AUGCGCACCGGCGGACUCAUGUCGCGGCCAUCGUGCGCUCGCCGCACCGCACAAGCAGCCCAGGUUCAGCUGGGGCGUGCCGUGCCGCUCCAGAGCCACUCCUUCCCGAAGAUCAGCCCCCCGGCACGGCAGACCCGCGACAGGACCGUCUCGCGUGCGUCGGGCGAGCCAGGACUGUCCACAACCCCGAAGGUUGCUCCCUCGAGCGGGUCUUCGGCAGCGCAGUCCGUCAAGGCGUUUUACGGCGCGAUCAACGCGCGGGACAUCGAGACCGCGGUCUCCCUGAUCGCGCCCGACGUGGUGUACGAGGACAUGGUCUACCCAGAGGCGAAGCGCGGCGGCGACGCGGUUUCAGCGAUGUUCCGGGAGCAGGUGGACGCUAUGCCCGAUGACCUUGUUUUCGUGAUCGACGAAAUCACCGGCGACCAGGGCGACUCGUGCGGACUGACGUGGCACGUCGAGCUCAAGGGCGGCAUUCCCUUCCCCUUCGGCCGCGGGUGCUCCUUCUACCGCGUGGACCCCCAGGGGCGCAUUGUGUACGGGCGCGACAUCGUGGAGCCGACUUCCAAGCCCGGCGCGUCCACGCUCUGGCUCCUCCGCGCCCUCACGCCCAUCGUCCGUGCCAUCGGGCCCGCCGCCGCCAAGCCCGGCGCGGCGGCCCCGCUGCCGCUCUGGGGCGUCUACGCCGCAUACUGGUGGUUCGUGAUGCUGUCGCCGGCCGCCCCGGGCAACCCCGUGUUCGCGACGUCCCCGGAGACGCUCGAGACGGUCUUCCACGAGUCGCUCAACUUCGGGUUCGUCAACCCCUUUCUGCACGUCCUGGGCAUCACCCUCGUCCCCGACAUCCCCGCACACCCCACCAGCGAGGCGCUGUUCAACUUCGCGGCGGCGUGGGGCGCGAUGCUGCUGCCCGUGAUGCUCGCGGACAAGCGCUGCCCGAAGGCGGUCAACAAGGUCGGUCUGUGGACAGGAACCAUGUUUUUGACCAACCUGUUCUUCACGCCGUACAUGGCGCAGCGGCUGGCGCCCAAGGAGGACGACGAGGGCGAGACGGAGCCGCCGAGCGGCGCGCUCGUGCGCGGGAUGGGGGCGUUCGGGGCGGUGCUCGGCGCGGUGAGCGUCGCGUGGUUUUUCUUCGGGCGACCCGACAUGGGGUUCGGAGGGCCGGCGGAGCGGAUCGCGCACUGGCUCAACGUGGUCACGACGGACCGCGUGGAGUACGCGUUCGUGGCGGAUCUGACGCUGUACAGCAUCUACCAGUUCUUUUUGAUGAAGGGGGCGCCGCUGGCGCUGCGGUGCGUGCCGUUCGCAGGCAUGGCCGCGUGGCUGCUGCAGGGCAUGCCGACGGAGGAGGCGCGCGAGGCGUGA